AUGGCGGAGGAGCAGCAGGCGACGACGUUCAGCGCGGCGGAGGCGGCCGUGUACGACCGGCAGAUGCGUCUGUGGGGCGUCGAGGCGCAGAAGCGGCUGCAGAGCUCGCGCGUGCUGGUAAGCGGGCUCAGCGCGCUGGGCUCGGAGCUCGUGAAGAACCUUGUGCUGGCCGGCAUGGGCGUCACGCUGCACGACACGCAGCGCGCGACGUCGGCGGCGGCCGCCUCCCAGUUCUUCCUCUCGGAGGCGGACGUGGGCUCCAACCGCGCCGAGGCCUGCCUGCCGCGCGUGCAGGAGCUCAACCCGCUGGUGCAAGUCUCGAGCGAGACCAAGCCGCUGGCCGAGUUACCGGAUGAGUUCUUCACGCAGUUCACGGUCGUGUGCCUCGUGGGCGCCGACCUCAAGACGGAGCUGCGCGUGGACGCACUGUGCCGCGCCGCAGGCACGGCCUUCUUCGCCGCGCGCAGCUUCGGUUUUGACGGGAUCGUGUUCGCUGACCUGGGCGCGCACACGUUUCGCCGUAGCGCCGUGGGGGCCGACGCGACGCCCAGCGAGCCCGUGAUCGUCCAUUUCCCGACGCUAGAGCAGGCCCAGAAGGUGCAGUGGAGCUCGCUGCAGAGCGCCCGCAAGCGCGCGCCGCAGCUGCCCCAAGUCUUCGUCAAGAACCAACUGCUGCAGGGGUACAAGAGCCAGAAGGGCGUGAUCACGAACAACCACGAGGUGGACUUUAUCCAGUACGCGAGGGAGCAGUUCGCGGCCAAUGGACUGAGCGAAGACUAUCUGACCCCCAACGAGCUGCAGGCGUUGGUGCGCGUUGCGGACGCAGAUCUUGUGCCGGUCUGCGCUAUCGUCGCCGGAAUCCUGGGCCAGGAGGUCAUCAAGGCUAUCUCGCAGAAGGACGAGCCCAUCUGCAACUACUUUUGCUUCGACGGCGUCACGGGUACGGUGCGCCGUAUUGGUUAG